ACGUGACCGCUCGGCCGCCGCCAUUUUGUGUUGCGGCGGCUGGCUAUUUAGAGCGCAGCGCCCGGGCUGGUAGCUCAGUUCAGCCGGGAGCGAGUUCCAGCAGUGCCUCCCCCUGCUUGCGGCCGGCCCCCCUGCCCAGUCCCGGCCUCCACCCUAUCUCCCUCUCCUCCCUCCCCCUUUCCCACCUCGGCUUCCGCCAUUUUGUCGCCGAGCCCUGCCUGAGGAGGAGCCGGAGCCCCGAGGCAGGCGGCGGCGGCUCUGCCCUUCCCCUCCUUUUUUCGUUUUUUUGUAUUCGCCGCUUCCUCCAGCUGCGCGUGGCACAGAGCCCCCGUCCCCUCUUCCCCCCACCCCCUCAGCCCAGCACCUCACAGCCAUGUCGUCGAGCAGCACCCCCGAGUACGCCUCCUUCUUCGCCGUGAUGGGCGCUUCAGCUGCCAUGGUCUUCAGCGCCUUGGGAGCUGCUUAUGGAACAGCAAAGAGUGGCACAGGUAUUGCAGCCAUGUCCGUCAUGAGGCCUGAGCUGAUCAUGAAGUCAAUCAUCCCUGUUGUCAUGGCAGGUAUUAUAGCAAUCUAUGGCCUGGUAGUGGCAGUCCUCAUUGCCAAUGCCCUCUCAUCUACUAUCACGCUAUUCAAGAGCUUUCUUCAGCUGGGUGCUGGCUUGAGUGUGGGCCUCAGUGGUCUGGCUGCUGGCUUUGCCAUUGGCAUUGUGGGUGAUGCAGGUGUACGGGGAACAGCACAGCAGCCCCGGUUAUUUGUGGGCAUGAUCCUGAUUUUGAUCUUCGCUGAAGUUUUGGGUCUCUAUGGCCUCAUUGUUGCCCUUAUCCUCUCUACAAAGUAAAUGUCACAGUAUGAUGUAAAGAGAUAUAACAAAUCCACAUUUAAAAAAAAGCUCCAGAAUGAAAAUGGUUUCUCCAAUGUGUACAGUUGUCCCAAUUUGGUAGUUGAUCUCUUGUAAAUGCGCAAUGUAUGUUAGUGACUUGUCCUGUGUGUACUUCAAUACUAAAUUGGAUGGGCUGCUCCAAGCCUGCUGCAUGGCUUGGGGUGGCCUGUGUGCAAUUUUCCACCCAUUUGCUGUUAGUACUUUAUGUAUAAAUAUGAACUAGACGUGUAAUUUUUUCUCUUCACUGGAUGUUUGUUUAUAAAAGACUUGACAUGUUCAUACAUCUAUGGAGCAAGGAUUUUCAAUUUCCCAUGCUAUAUAUAUUAAUCUUAUAUAUAGGUAGAUUAUUACACUGUGGGGUCAGUUGUAAGUGCAGAGAAUUCCUUGGAUGUAAUUUUGAUUCUAAAGAUUGCUGUAGUGUCCUGGUAUUGGAUUAUGAGAAUUGUUUGUGUUAUAUUACAGCAAUUGUCAGAAACACUCCUGUGUUUCCAGUAGUAAAAGCGUAUGCUCCGGCAUCAAAGUCGUGCACCCAGUGUUGGGUUACAAAGUUAUACAAUGUUUCCAAAUAAAACUUCCUCACUACA